UUAUAAAUAUUAUGGUAAGCAUAGUUGUAAAUAUAAUAAAAUAGAUUUAAGUGAACUUUUAAACAAAAUUAAAGCUACAAUUUAUCUUUCUCUUGAUGAAUUGUGGGAUAUUCUAGAAGAAACUGUGGUUUUGGCCACAAUUUUAGAUCCUCGUUUUAAAGGUCUUCGAUUUGUUAAUCAAAAUAAACAUAUCGAUAUUCAAGAAAAACUUAGAAAUAAAUAUCAAGAAUUAAAAGAUAAUCAAGAUAAUAUUUUAUCAGCAACACAAGACAUAAAUAAUGAUACAAAUAUUGAUCUUAUAUUUAAUAAUAUGUGGGCUCCAACUCGAGAAAUAAUUCAGACUGAAAAGAAUGAGAUUUCUCACUAUAUGUAUCUUCUAGAAGCAAAACCAAUCGACAAUCCACUAGUUUGGUAG